CUUUUUGUGCUCAAACACGUCCAAACAGCUAGGCUAACAAUCAAGUAUCAAUACAAGGACAUUGGUAUCGUGUAGGGUGAAUAAUGAAACCUUUAAUCAGUCCAGUUUUAUAGCUAAUAUCUAGCCCUACUCAUAUUACCAUCCACCUCUUUGAACAGUGAGGAGGGAAAGGCCUUUUUGACUCUGGAGGAGGGGGCGUAAAUGCUACGCACCCGUUCCUAUGGCAACAUCCAGACGCACAAAAGCUCGCAGUUGGAACAGCGUUUGAGCGCGGGGACACCCCGGGAAAACACGUCAUCAUAGGGAACUCCUCUGCCCACCAAUGACAAAUGCGUUUUCGAGUUAACAAGCAAGAACAGAGAGGCAUCGCGAAGAUUUCCAAGUACUUGGCAGUUGAGCAUAGUUUCAGAGAUUGACACCGGUAGGCAAAAAUGGUGUCGUUCACGCAAACUGGAGAAGCCGCGGACAAAACUUGCAAACGAAGGAAACAGAAUAGCGGUUUUCCGUCUCCAUCAAGGGAGAACGUAUCACCAAACGUAGACAGAAGCGAGGCGACGGCGUGUACCCCAUUGCGGAGACCGCAGGCGGAGAGGGUCAGAAAGCAGAACAUCAUGUCUAAACUGUCUGACUCGGGUUUUGAAGAGGACUUUAAAACUCCAACACCGGUCACCUCAUUGGUUCAGACACGUCCGUGUUCUAUAACAGUUAUAAAUGCGCUGGUCCCCGGGAGCUCAAACAAAUUAGUGUCUAGCUGGUAUCAACAGUACGGCGAAACUGGUUAUCAGAUACAGAAACUCAAAGAGACGGAUUUCCAUCCGGUCAACUGUCUGGCUCGACAACCGCAGGUCACAGCCGAGUCGCGCUGUAAGCUGGUCAGCUGGCUCAUCCCGGUCCACAGACAUCUGCGUCUCUCCUUCGAGUGCUGCUGCCUUGCGGUAAACAUCAUGGACCGCUUCCUAGCCUCCACCCCUGUGGCUGCAGACUGCUUCCAGCUGCUGGGAAUCACUUCCCUUCUGCUAGCCAGUAAACAGGUGGAGGUGUUUUCUCCAAGUGUCAGUCAGCUUCUGUCUCUCUGUUGUGAUGCGUUCUCCAGAGAGCAGCUGUGUAACCUGGAGUGUAUCAUCCUGCUGCGCCUUAACUUCCGCCUGGGCACACCAACCAUAGCCUUCUUCCUGGACUUCUAUACCAAUCACAGCCUGGCUGGCGGGUUUGUGGACAGGGACGGCGUCAGCAACAUUAACUGUAGGCUGACUGAGGAUAAAGAGGAAGAGGAAGCAAAGAGGCGAUUGAGGGACAGUGGUUUGGCUCGUAGGGUAUGUGAGCUCGCUUUGGCUGACUACGCUUUCAACAAGUACACACCGUCCAUGACCUCCCGCUGUGCUCUAGACCUGGCCAAUCAGCUCCUGAGGACUAACCGAGGUUCAGAGAAGCCAGCCAAUCAGCUGCUGAGGACCAACCUUCAGGUAUUAAAGGAUGAACCAGUGAACCAAUCACUGACAGCAGAGCUCAGAUCUGGCAAUGCCUCCCCAGAAAACCAACAGAGAAAAUGCAAUGACACAGAGAAUAACCACUCCCACUCUGAGGUAAACUACUCCCACUCAGAGAAUGACCACUCUCACUCAGAGAAUGACCACUCUCACUCUGAGGUAAUCUGCUCCCACUUAGAGAAUGAUGACUCGCACCACAACCUAACUGAGACUAAUUCUGACCAUGACCCCUCUCUUUCAGUCAUUGGUCACCUCCUACCUGUAAAUGCCUCAACCAAGUCAAUAAAUCCUACUUCCCCAUCUGGGAAUACCUCAGCCCUGGUUAGGGGAGACCAGACACAUGCUCCUCUCACCCAGGAAUUUACAGAUAGAGACCAGAUUUAUUCUAUACAAAUGGAGUGUAGAGAGGGAGACCAAACCCAUGCUCUGUACCUCGAGUGUUUGGACAAUCUUAGAGUGCUGGUUUCACUCAACCAGGAAGCCCUGAAUGUCAUGAUAACUCUAUGAAACGUUUCUAGUAGUGUGAAACAUGUUUUAGGAAUCAUAUUGUAGCAGUCAUUUUUAUGAUAUUUAAUUAGGGAACCAUGCUGAUGACCCAGUUUGGAGUUCUCAUGACCAACCAGGUCUGGGAUCUGCUAAUAUUUCAAGUUUCAAAUGCCACAUUUCUACCACUUUUACUUAAUUCAUAUCCAAUUACUAUCUGUUUACUUCAAUAAAUGAAAGGCCAAAUCUGUAACUUUACAUUUCCAGACGAAGUGGUUUGAAAUCUGUGCUGUUAAUGCUGUGUGCUUGGAAACCCAAGGUCACAUAGGUAUUUACAUGAUUUAAAUCCUGCAAAUGACAGUUACUUGUCUGUUCCUCCAGACUAUGAAUGAUGUAAAUGGAUUGCAUCACCAUACUGUGACAUCAUCCCUGUUGUGUUGCUUUAGCAUUAUGCAUUUAUAGACUGUCCUCACCAAUACGC